GGAGGGUGAGGGUUCUGUCUAUGCGCGAGAGUUCAGAACUGGCAUACACCCCCCCCUCCACAUUCUCGUCGGCAUUGAGUGUGCUUGCGGGCGCAUCAAUGCAGAGAAUGAACUCAGAGAUUUGGUUCGGUGACUCAUUUGUGAUGGCGUCUUUCGAGAUGUCGAAUUCAACAUGUGGAAUCGUUUUGAAGGAACAACAGUUACAGUUCGCUCCUCGGCGUGCAGAUGAGUGUACGAGGAUUGACAUAGACUGGAAUGUGGGCGCCUGCUCGCGAUCACAGAUGCAGGUUUAGAUGCUUCCUUUGCUUAGUAGAUGUGGCCUUGCUGUUGAUCUCCGAUAUGGAGGUAAACCGAAGACUGAGAUGGGUUGUAGACAUUGUUACUCUUCUGGUCUGGAUCGUCGGUGCGGCGGCCGCUUUGACGCCGGAUGGUGUAGCCUUGCUGGAAUUCAAGGAAAGUUUAGCGGUAUCGUCUCAGUCUUCUCCGCUGCUGAAGACUUGGAAUGAAUCGGAUGCAUCACCAUGUCAUUGGGGUGGAAUCAGUUGCACACGAAGUGGUCAUGUGCAGAGCAUCGAUUUGGAAGCGCAGGGGCUUGAGGGUGUUAUCUCCCCGAGUUUAGGGAAGCUGCAAUCUUUACAGGAGCUUAUACUUUCAACAAACAAAUUGUCUGGGAUCAUUCCUCCAGAUCUUGGGAACUGUCGAAGUCUCGUCACCCUGUAUCUAGACGGAAACGCGCUUACUGGAGAGAUUCCAGAGGAGUUAGCCAAUCUGGAAAACUUGAGCGAGUUAGCGCUCACAGAAAACUUGCUUGAGGGUGAAAUCCCUCCCGCCUUUGCAGCAUUGCCGAACUUGACCGGAUUCGACCUUGGAGAGAAUCGACUUACAGGUCAUGUACCGCCGGCGAUCUACGAGAACGUGAAUCUGGUAUGGUUCGCCGUCAAUGAUAACAAUCUCACUGGGGACAUCACUGCAGGUUUGGAAGCACUAUCAAAGUUACCGGCCAUAGGAGACAUAUGGAUGCACGGCAACAGUUUCAGCGGUACAUUACCACCAUCAAUAGGAAACGCCUUUACUCUCGAAUCCAUCUGCUUGAACAAUCAGGGCUAUGGGAUUUCUAGUUUUGGAGGGACGAUCCCGAGGGAGAUUGGCAAGUUAGUGAACCUUACUCAUCUAGACCUCCGAGACAACAAUUUCACGGGCACUAUUCCACCGGAGCUCGGAAACUUGGUUUUGCUCGAAGGAAUGUUUCUUUCCAACAACCAAUUGACCGGCCGUAUACCUCGCGAAUUCGGACGGCUAGGGAACAUGGUGGAUCUCCACUUGUUCCAAAACAGGUUGGACGGUCCAAUCCCAGAGGAGCUCGGGGACUGCCAUUCUCUGCAGGUUUUUCUGGCGUAUGAGAAUUUUCUGAAUGGCUCCAUACCUUCGUCGUUUGGGAAUCUGGUCAAUCUUACGAUACUCGAUGUUCACAAUAACGCAAUGUCUGGGUCACUUCCUGUGGAGAUUUUCAACUGCACAUCUCUCACCAGCCUUUACUUAGCAGACAACACGUUCUCUGGCAUUAUUCCUUCGGAGAUUGGGAAGUUGACUAGCUUGACCAGCUUGCGGAUGUGCUUUAACAACUUUUCGGGUCCUUUCCCAGAGGAAAUUGCUAAUCUGAAGUACUUGGAAGAGAUUGUUUUGAACAGUAAUGCCCUCACUGGGCAUAUCCCUGCAGGCCUUUCGAAACUCACCGAACUAGAACACAUAUUCUUGUAUGACAAUUUCAUGUCAGGACCUCUUCCCUCGGACCUCGGGAGGUUCAGCAAGCUUAUAACCCUCGACAUCCGCAAUAACUCCUUCAACGGGUCGUUGCCGCGAUGGUUAUGCCGAGGUGAAUCCCUGGAGUUUCUGGAUGUCCAUCUAAACAAUUUUGAAGGCCCAAUUCCAUCAUCCCUUUCUUCCUGCCGAACUUUGGAUCGGUUUCGCGCUUCGGAUAAUCGGUUCACGAGAAUUCCUAAUGAUUUUGGGAGAAACUGUUCGCUCACAUUUCUGGAUCUCUCAAGCAACCAAUUGAAGGGUCCGUUGCCGAGGCGCCUUGGAUCUAAUAGCAACCUCAGCAGCCUGGCUUUGCAUGACAAUGGGCUCACUGGUGAUCUCUCCUCGCUGGAGUUCUCCCAAUUACCGAAUCUCCAGAGCUUAGACUUGUCUAUGAACAGUUUGACAGGUGAGAUACCUGCAGCAAUGGCAAGCUGCAUGAAGCUGUUUCUUAUAGACUUGAGUUUCAAUUCUCUCAGUGGAACUGUACCUGCUGCACUCGCAAAGAUUUCAAGGCUCCAAUCGUUGUUUCUACAAGGCAAUAACUUCACAUGGGUAGAUCCAAGCAUGUAUUUUAGUUUUAGUAGUCUUCGUAUACUUAACUUUGCGGAGAAUCCUUGGAAUGGACGGGUUGCAGCCGAAAUCGGGAGUAUUUCGACCUUGACAUAUCUGAACUUGAGCUACGGGGGUUACACAGGGCCGAUCCCAUCGGAACUGGGGAAGCUGAAUCAGCUUGAGGUUCUCGAUCUCUCGCAUAAUGGCCUCACAGGUGAAGUACCGAAUGUGUUAGGCGACAUCGUAUCUCUUCUUUCGGUGAACCUUUCACACAACCAACUCACAGGCUCGUUGCCUUCCUCCUGGGUGAAGCUCUUCAAUGCAAAUCCAAGUGCGUUUGACAACAAUCCUGGCUUGUGCCUCAAGUACCUCAAUAAUCAAUGCGUGAGUGCAGCCACAGUUAUUCCAGCAGGCUCAGGAGGCAAGAAACUUACCGUGGGGGUGAUAUUGGGCAUGAUAGUGGGCAUUACAUCGGUGCUGCUGUUGAUCGUGGCAUUCUUCUUCUGGCGGUGCUGGCAUUCAAGGAAAACAAUAGAUCCAGCACCGAUGGAGAUGAUUGUGGAGGUGCUGAGCUCGCCUGGGUUCGCCAUCACGUUCGAAGACAUUAUGGCAGCAACACAGAACUUGAAUGAUUCUUACAUUAUCGGAAGAGGCAGUCAUGGAGUAGUGUACAAAGCGACAUUGGCAUCGGGUACACCCAUCGUGGCAAAGAAGAUUGUAGCCUUCGAUAAAAGCACCAAGCUAAUUCACAAAAGUUUCUGGAGAGAGAUAGAGACCAUCGGACACGCUAAGCACCGAAACCUUGUGAGGCUACUUGGCUUCUGUAAAUUGGGAGAGGUAGGACUCCUGUUGUAUGAUUAUGUUUCCAAUGGGGACCUCCAUGCGGCCUUGCACAAUAAGGAGCUAGGACUGGUGUUGAACUGGAGAUCUAGGCUUCGUAUUGCAGAGGGUGUUGCUCAUGGAUUAGCGUAUCUCCACCACGAUUACGACCCUCCGAUAGUACAUCGGGAUAUUAAGGCCAGCAAUGUGCUUCUGGACGAUGAUUUAGAGGCUCACAUCUCAGACUUCGGUAUUGCUAAGGUGCUCGACAUGCACCAGAGCGAUGAUGGCACGACCACGGCUUCGCUUGUGUCUGGAACAUAUGGCUACAUUGCUCCGGAGGUUGCUUGUGGUGUCAAGGUCACGCCGAAGCUAGAUGUGUAUUCUUACGGGGUCCUGCUGCUUGAGCUGCUUACUGGGAAGCAACCAGCGGAUCCAAGUUUUGGAGAAACUAUGCACAUUGCUGCGUGGGUGCGAACGGUAGUGCAACAAAACGAAGGGAGAAUGAGUGAUUCCAUCAUUGACCCAUGGAUUCUGCGGUCGACGAAUUUGGCCGCUAGAUUAGAAAUGCUGCACGUGCAAAAGAUCGCCCUACUAUGUACUGCGGAGAGCCCAAUGGAUCGGCCAGCAAUGAGAGAUGUGGUGGAGAUGUUGAGGAACCUUCCUCAGACGAAUGAACACAUGGAGCAUAUGGAGAUUGGCUGAUGACAUAGAGUAUCCGCUUUGCUGAGAAAGCUCAAGGAUGAGCUUGAAGACAUGAGCUCUGCUCUGCUGCAAAUCGGAUUGUUUUACCUGCUCUGGUUUAGAAAUUCCGAAUACUGCAAGCCCGAGUGUAAAACUAACUUAUCCGGACUCCUAUGACAACGUGGUGGGCAAGUUUCAACACGGGGAACGAGACCAGGAGGUUUUUACUUGUGGGUCUCCCUCAACAUUAAGAGCGUGCAGAAGGCACGUGCACUACUUUCAUCUUCGAGGCUGACAAAUAUUGCUGUCCUAUUUUGGAGGCUUUAACUGAUGCGUCUUGUCGAAGAUCUUGUUUUCAAAUUCCAGAAACGGCUCUACAAUGAAUACAAAAAGAGCAUAAAUUUUCUCUCUGAAACCAGACCCGUUCUUCAAACCACAGCAUACGAUCACAAUGUCAACAGCAGCAAUUCGUAGCGAGUUCAUCGAUGCAUACAAUGUAUUUUUGGCCGCAGAACUACGGACAUGCGCGGGCUGUGUUCUCCACACAAUGCUAUGUCGAUUUUGGUUUUGAUCUAGCGAGCAGGCGCCAGGGAAAUCAGUAUGGUGUCGCUAUGAACCAGGGCAGUUCCCCGGGUUUAACUAAGGUGGAGAUUGCUGAUUUGAGCCGCCGGCUGCCUAGAUGACCUUAAUCAGAAACUCCCACUUGGCAAGUUAAGUGCUGUGUGGACGUGAGUAUGAACUAUGGAAAGGGCCCAAUUUGAUUCUUUCUUUACCACGGUGAUGACCUGGUGGUGUUCAAGUUUAGAGAGAACAUAAUUUCAAUAUAGUUUAUUGUUCAGCUUUGGAAACUUGUAGGCGACCUUCGUGGCGGACGCAGGGUAUGGUUACCACAACUAGCCGGCUGCAAGUGUUCAUUAGCAUGGCUGAGCUUGUGCUUAUGUAAGAUUUAAUUGCCCUCAGCCGUUGAGGAUCGAUCCGAAUGUUCUAAAAUAUUUGCAGGAUGUGUCCGUAUCGUCUCCACAAACAUUCAGUCUCAAUUAGUUUAUUGAAUUAAUGAAUUUUCCAGCUGGACACAUCAGCCAGCCAGGGCGAUGUUGGCUGUAGUCCUCUACGUUGUAUCUUUUUUGUAUGCAUUCAUGUGGAAUAAGCUUGCGCGGUACGCAAACUCUAUCACGUAGAAAUAAAGCGGUGUGGAGGGACUCCGGGUGGGGCUCCAUUUGUUCAUGUUGGCGA